AUGAAUGCAGCAAAGCUUCUCUCUAUGUUCGCCGCCGUUCACGGUGUUGAUGCUUCCUCGCCAGUGGCACCCACCACAAACACAGCUUUCAGGAUACCUACUUCCCAUAACACUGCCAAUAUCAGGUUAGCCAAAGUUCUGACACCUUGUUGUUGCACCAUAGACUCAAAGUCCAUCGGAGGAGAUGUUUUCUCGGUGACUCCGCCGAACAAGUGUGAUGUGGAUUACCUCGGCGAAAGCACAAAGGGAGAUUUGAAUGUUAAGUUGGAACAGCUUGAGGCUUUUGGAAUUGGUGAUGAUGCAUUUGAAGGUCCAAUCGAGGAAGUGGCUAGAUCAGAGACUAGAGAGGCAGAAGAUUUGCUUAGAGACUUGGGCAUUCCGAGCCCCUCUUCAUCCAAAAAUUCACCCCGUGGAAUAUUCUGCACCCGCACGUUGAAUCUGCGGUCAAUUAGUGCCAUUGGAUAUGACAUGGACUAUACCCUUAUCCAUUAUAAUGUGAAGGCUUGGGAAGGAAGGGCUUAUGACUACUGUAUGGAAAACCUUAAGAAUAUGGGCUUCCCUGUUGACGGACUUGCGUUUGAUCCUGACCUGGUAAUUAGAGGCCUUGUCAUAGACAAAGAGAGAGGCAACUUGGUUAAAGCUGAUCGAUUUGGUUAUGUAAAAAGAGCCAUGCAUGGCACCAAAAUGUUAUCUACUCGGGCUGUUAGUGAGAUGUACGGGAGAGAACUGGUGGACCUGCGAAAAGAGAGUCGAUGGGAGUUUCUCAACACACUAUUCUCUGUGUCUGAAGCAGUGGCCUACAUGCAGAUGGUUGACAGAUUGGAUGAUGGGACCAUACCCGCAGAACUUGGCCCCCUUGAUUAUAAAGGUCUAUAUAAGGCUGUUGGAAAAGCUCUUUUCUGGGCUCAUGUUGAAGGUCGUCUUAAGAGCGAGAUCACCUCUAAGCCUGAACUGUUUGUGGAGCCUGAUCCAGAAUUACCUUUGGCACUUUUGGAUCAGAAGGAGGCUGGAAAAAAACUUGUGCUUAUUACCAACUCGGACUUUCUUUACACAGACAAAAUGAUGCGACAUUCUUUUAAUAGAUUCCUUCCGAAUGAUAUGGGUUGGAGAGAUCUUUUUGACAUUGUAAUUGUGUCAGCGAGAAAACCAGAGUUCUUCCAGACGUCAAGCCCCAUGUAUGAAGUGGUGACAGGCGAGGGUCUAAUGCGCCCGUGCUUCAAGGCUCAACCUGGCGGUUUGUACUCGGGGGGAAGUGCACAGAUGGUUGAAAAUUCCCUAGGUAUCCAUGGAGAUGAGAUUUUGUAUGUUGGUGACCAUAUUUACACUGAUGUCAGUCAAUCCAAACUCCACUUGAGAUGGAGAACAGCGUUGAUUUGUAGAGAACUUGAAGAGGAGUACAAUGCCUUGAUUAAUUGCCGAAGUGAUAGAGAAUCAUUGAUAGAGCUUAUAAAUCAAAAGGAAGUUGUGGGAGAUCUCUUUAACCAACUUCGGCUAGCUCUACAAAGGCGAAGCAAAGACCGCCCUGCUCAAACCCUUGCAGCAACUAACAUGGAUGAUGAAGACCUCACUGAAAGCAUGCAAAAGCUACUUAUUGUUAUGCAACGACUAGAUGAUAAAAUUGCGCCAAUGCUGGAGGCAGACGGGGAGCUCUUCAACUCAAGGUGGGGAUUUCUAUCUCGUGCUGGAUUGUGGGAUAAGAGCCACUUCAUGAGACAAAUUGAGAAAUAUGCUGAUAUUUACACGUCUAGGGUGUCAAACUUUUUAUAUUAUACACCAUUCAUGUAUUUCCGCUCUCAGGAACAGAACCUCGCGCACGACUCAUACACGCACUAUUGUUCACAAAUCAAUAAUGAAGCUUCUUCCUAG